CAUUAUUUCCAUCUUCAUUUCUUGUUGUUUCUACCCACUAUAUUUCCUUGUUUAUUAUCAUUCUCCUUUUUGGAAAAAGGUAGAGGUUAGGUUUUGGAAUAUAUCUCAUGUCUCCAACGAUGACAGUGUUGACAACUACCGAGAAUGGGGAAAGUGAUCAGUACCAAAAUGGCGUGAAGCGCUUGUAUGAGAAUGGUAUAAACAAACUUCCAAACAAGUACAUACUGCCCACUUUAGAACGACCUAACCGGAGUGAUGACCAGGAACCAAAAGUAUCCAACCAAAAUCUGAAGCUGCCCAUCAUCGAUUUCAAGGAACUGCAAGGUCCCAAUAGACCCCAAGUCAUUAAAUCUCUGGCUAAUGCCUGUGAACAAUAUGGCUUCUUUCAGUUGGUAAACCAUGGCAUUCCAAGUGAUAUUACAAGCAGUAUGAGCGACGUGAGCACUAGGUUUUUUGAGCUCCCUUUCGAGGAGAGAGCCAAGUACAUGUCCUCAGAUAUGCGUGCGCCAGUCCGAUAUGGGACUAGCUUUAACCAGAACAAAGAUAAGGUGUUUUAUUGGAGGGAUUUCUUGAAGCUAAUGUGCCAUCCUUUACCAGAUGUCCUUUCUCACUGGCCUUCGUCACCGGUGGACAUGAGGAAACUGACGGCUACCUACGCAGAGGAAAACAAAUACUUAUUCCUAAUGCUAAUGGAUGCCAUCUUUGAGAGCUUACGAAUUGUGGGAACCACAGAGAACACGACAGAAGAAGAUGAAAUAUUAAAGGACUUCAAAGAUGGGAGCCAGCUAAUGGUUGUGAAUUGCUACCCGCCAUGCCCCCAACCUGAUCUAACCCUAGGGAUGCCUCCCCACUCGGAUUAUGGGUUUCUUACAAUUCUUCUCCAAGAUGAAGUUGAAGGCCUUCAAAUUAAAAAACAAGAUAAAUGGAUCACCGUCGAACCAAUCCCCAAUUCUUUUGUGGUCAACGUUGGUGAUCACCUUGAGAUAUUUAGCAAUGGAAAAUACAAGAGUGUUCUACAUAGAGUGUUGGUGAAUUCUUUAAAAGGUCGGAUUUCUGUGGCCUCUUUGCAUACUCUACCUUUCACGCGCUCGGUUGGACCGUCGCCAAAUCUUAUCAACGAAUCAAAUCCAAAGCGGUACAAGGACACUAAUUUUGCCAGCUUUCUGGAGUAUAUUUCAUCUCGUGAGCCUAAAUGGAAGAAUUUCCUCGAGUCUAGGAAGUUAUUAACCUAAUUGAAAAGGCAUGCAUGUUAUGCAUGGAACUUCCAAUGACUGGGAAAAUCUGCUCGUUGACCUUUUGCAGUUUCAGUUAUAAUUAUGUAGCAAUAUUUCGUUGGAAGUUAAUUUUUCUCUUUUUUUUCUUUUGUUUUUGGGUGGGGUCCAGCAAAGGCUGAUUAUAAUCCAACCCUAGUGAGCACUACGUAGUUUAGUGCAUGACAACUUUCACAAAUGAGUUUAUCAAUUGUAUUGAUGGAUAUAUGAUGAUAUAUGAAGUUUCUACGAAUUAUACAAUUCUUUA